AUGGACCAGUCAGGCGCCGCAAGAAGCAUGAUUUCAGAAAUGGAGUCGGCCUUCCAGUCGGGUGUAGAGUCAGGUCAAAUUCCCGGUGCUGUUGUUAUGGCAAAAGACUUAACCGGGAAAAUUGACUAUGUGCGCUGUUUCGGAGCCCGAUCCGUCAGGCCGGAGGAGCAUGGGAAACUGCCCCCUAUGGAAGUGGACACCAUCAUGAGAAUGGGCCAGGCGACCGCGCUCGUUGGGGUCGUCGUGGCCCUGCAAUGUGUAGAUCGAGGCCUGGUCAGCUUGGAUGAAAGCGUGGAGCGUUUGCUUCCGGACCUGACGAGCAUGGAGGUCCUAGUUGGCUUUGAUUCCGAGGGAAAACCGAUCAUGAGGAAGCGCAAUGGAAUCAUCACUCUCAGACACAUGCUCACGGAUACAUCGGGGUUGUCGCACGUCCCUAUCAACCCCCUGCUGCGGGAGCUUGUAGCCAGGGGCUACUCCGAGUAUCCCUUACCCAUUGGAGGCGAGUCCGACAUUCCCAACCCCUUGCUCGCACCGCCCGUGGGCGACCCUGGGGUGCAGUGGAUCCACGGGACCAACAUCGACUGGGCGGGCAAGCUCGUCGAGCGGGCGACGGGCAUGGACCUGGAGACCUACAUGCAGCGGAACGUCUGCGAGCCGCUGGGCAUCACGGACAUGACAUUCAAGCUCCAACAGCGUCCGGACCUGAUCGCCCGCCGGGCCGACCUGACAAAACACGGCAGGGAGGACGGAACGCUGCACUACGACGACACGGUCUUCUUCCGGAAGGACCCGGAUGAGUGCUACGGGGGCUGUGGCCUGUUCGCCAGCCCGGCUUCGUACAUGAAGGUGAUCCACUCGCUGCUGAAGAGGGACGGCGUCCUGUUGAAACCGGAGACGGUUGAUCGCAUUUUCCAGCCUGCUCUGGACGCACAGAUGGAGCGAGAGAUGAAUGAGCACUUCAACAAGGUGAUCAAGCUCAUCAACUAUGGUUAUCCUCUACCGCAGUGGCCCACUCUGCGGCGCAACUUUGGGCUCGGAGCGGUCGUGAUCAUGGAGGAUUUGGACGGCGACAACUGGCGGCGCAAAGGAUCGCUGUCAAUCAAUAACGGUUGGAACACCGGAGUGCAAAUCGACCCUGCGGCGGGACUCUGCACGCUCGUGGCAUUUCAAACACAGCCGUACAGCGACCCCAUUGAAGAGGCUCUUGUCCAUAAGUUUGAGAGGGCUAUGUACUCGCAGCUCAAGACUAGCGCGUGA